UUCUUUUGGUGGCUUCAAAGAAACACCUUAUGAUUUUGCUAAUUCCAUUUUUUUCAUCAACAUACAUUUCUAGAGUUCAACCUUUAUCUCUGAGCAAGUAAAUCACACACACCAUAGAUGAGUUGCAAGAUAAACUCCAUAACUUCACCAGUACUGUGCAAAUUGUGCACCGAAAAACCAAAGCAUAGAGGAAGAAACACCAUCUUAUUUUCCUUUUCCUCAAGUGGGAAACAGCAGAAAAGCAUUUCCACCAGCACAAGGAUUGAAAAUCCAGCAUCAGAGGCUUACACUGUCAGUUUCAAGACAGAAAAGGGUUGCAAGCUUGCAAUUUCAAGGUACCCUGACUUUGAAUAUGAUGCAGAGGGUGGAAUGGGAACUGGGGUUGCUGCAAAGGUUACAGAGAGUGGUUCAGCCAACAAUGAUCUUCAUGUUUCAUUUGAUCUUGAAAGUUUGUAUAUUCCACCAUUGACAAGUUCUACUGCCAAGUUUCUUGGAUUGCCAUUGCCACCAUUUUUGAAGAUUGAUGUAGUUCCAGAAGCAUUACAUGGAAGUAUUAACCAAGAAUCUGGCAAGGUUGAUCUUGAUUUCAAGGCCAAGUUUUUGUUUUCUGCUGGUAGUUUCUAUAAGGCUCCUCCACUGUUGGUGAAGACAGUGUUAACAUCUGAAGAAACAAAAGGCAGUAUGAAGAGUGGAAGAGGAAUGAGAUUGGAUAAAGAGGGAAAGUGCAGACUGGUUGGUGUAGCAACAGUUGACCCUAUCAAUGAUUUCUUUAUGAAUUCCUUCCUUGGCCUCCCAACUGAGUGCCUUGCAGAGUUAAAGGCUGUGAUCUCCAUUUCUUCGUCAUCUUAAGAUCUCAUCACAAAAUUUGGACAUUUGUUGAAAGUUGAAACAGAGUCAUAAUUUCUAAGUUGGAAGAUGAAUGUUAAAUAGUAGAAGAUGAUAUACAAUGGUAGAAACUAGAGAGAAGUUACCCUAUUCAGCCUUGUACAACACAAUAGGUAAAGCAAGUAUAAUGUACUAAGAAAAGAAGAGUGAAGUCUAAUACAAUAUUCAUUUACAUUUAUUAUCC